GAUGACUCGAAACACCAUGAGAGAUGAGAGAAUCAAACAGAGGGUAGGCCAGUGCCACCCGCUUUCGUCUUUACCUUUAAACCCUUCUUCCCCAAAUCCACAACCACCAUUUCCAUGUAAGACAACCAUGGAUUCCUCUUCUUUACAUCUGCGAGAGUACCCUUUUCGCCCCUCUCUUCUCUCAUGGUGAACAACCCACCUUCUCUAUAAAUACCCUCAUCUCCCACUCACUCACUCACUCACUCACUCGAUCGCCCCUGUUAAACCCUUCCUCCUUUCACCUUUCUUCAAAUGGCUACCAAUUCAGUUGAGAUCGAGAGUGCUGAAGAUUCUAAAAUUCAUGUUUUCUCAUCAUCGACAGAGCUGCUUGAAAAGUUGCAUCAGAAAUGGAAUUCAGUCGAGAAGCCACCAUAUCCUGCAAUGUAUUCAAGUGUUUAUGGCGGGAUUAUUCUCGAUCCAGCGAUGAUGGUCAUCCCAAUUGACGAUCAUAUGGUACAUCGAGGACAUGGUGUUUUUGACACUGCCAUUAUUCUCGAUGGAUACCUCUACGAACUGGAUGCUCAUAUAGAUCGAAUCCUUGUAUCAGCAUCAAGAGCCAAGAUUUCAUCACCAUUCCCAAAAUCAACCCUUCGCACCAUUCUCAUCCAACUAACAUCAGCAUCAAACUGCAAGAAAGGAACUUUACGAUACUGGUUAAGUGCAGGUCCAGGCGAUUUCCUACUUUCUCCUUCAGGUUGCCCAACAUCUGCAUUCUAUGCAGUUGUAAUAGACGAAGAGUUUUCUCAAUGUAAACAAGGCGUUAAAGUCAUCACUUCCACAAUCCCGAUGAAAGUACCCUUAUUUGCCACAAGCAAAAACGUGAAUUACCUCCCGAAUGUUCUCUCGAAACUUGAAGCAGAAGAGAAAGGGGCAUUUGCGUCAAUUUGGGUAGAUGAUGAAGGGUAUGUUGCAGAGGGACCUAAUGUGAAUGUGGCUUUUGUAACACAUGAUAAUGAGCUUAUUUUGCCUUUCUUUGAGAAGAUUUUAAGUGGGUGUACUGCUAAAAGGCUUCUUGAAUUGGCUCCUAAGUUGGUUGAAAAUGGGAGAUUGAAGAGUGUGAAAACAGGGAAUAUAACUGUUGAAGAAGCUAAAGGAGCUGCUGAGAUGAUGUAUGUUGGAAGUACAUUGCCUGUGUUGCCGAUUAUUGAGUGGGAUGAAACUCCUAUUGGAAAUGGGAAGGUUGGGGAAUUGACAAUGGCUUUAUCGGAUUUGGUUUGGGAGGAUAUGGUGGCGGGUCCUGAGACACAUAGGUUAAAAGUUCCUUAUGUGUAAAAAAAAGUGUCAAAGAAUUGGAUGUUGUAUCCUUUGUUUUCUAGAGUGUGGAAUGGAAAUCACGAAUUGAAUAAAAGUUUGGGUUUGUGAACACUAAUUCAACAAACCGAAAACCUCAAAUUAUCUUAACUAUAUUAAAGUUUUGUCAUGAACCAUACCGAUAGUGUUGUAAACGAACUAAAAAAACAC